UAAGUUCUUUCUCUUUCUCUCUUGCGUUCUCCAUAUGCUAAGGUGAUCUCUUUAGUUCUGUUGAUAAUUUACACUGCUUAUUUUUUUUGUUCUUUUGCCAGAUAAACUACAAAUAACACAUCCUCACACAAUGUCAGCUACAGGAGAGAAGAGCUCUAAGACUCCUUCACAGACUGACGGUAAAAGUACUCAGCACAAGAAAUUGGAGAUGGGCUCCAACUAUAAGAUGUUUAUUUUCGACCAGGAGAAUUUCCAGGGUCGCUGCAUGGAGUUUUCCAACGAAUGCAUGAACAUGUGCGAGAGCGGCUUUGACAGGAUCCGGUCCAUCAGAAUUGAAUGCGGACCCUGGGUGGGCUAUGAACAGAUCAAUUUCUGCGGAGAGAUGUUCAUCCUGGAGAAAGGAGAAUAUCCACGAUGGGAUUCCUGGAGCAACAGCUACAGAAAUGAAUACAUGAUGUCCUUCCGCCCCGUCCGCAUGGACCCAGAGAAGCACAAGAUCUGUCUUUUUGAAAUCGGGGAAUUCAAAGGCCGGAAGAUGGAGAUCAUGGAUGACGACGUCCCCAGUCUGUUCUCAUACGGCUUCACCGAUCGCGUUGGCAGUAUUAAUGUCGGCUGUGGAACGUUUGUGGCCUACCAAUACCCAGGAUACCGUGGCUACCAGUACCUCCUGGAGAAGGGCGACUACCGCCACUGGAAUGAGUGGGGCGCCCGUACUCCUCAAAUUCAGUCCAUCCGCCGCCUGAGGGACAUGCAGUGGCAUCAGCAGGGCUGCUACACCCUGUCUACCAAAUGAUGGGAUGCAAGAAAGGAGGAAUAAAUUAGGAGGAGGAGGAGGAGGCAGUAGGGCUCACCCCUUGGAUCGGACACCAUCAUCUUCAAAUUGCUCACCUGAAAUGGACUCUACUGACUGUUGAGUGGCAGGCAGAUUGAAGCUACAGGACUCAGAAGAUCGGGUAUUGGCAGGGCAGGGGGUCUACAGGGAUUGGGUGGGUUUGACAUCACACAGAUGCCCGCCUGAAAUGAAGGAUGAGUCCCCCACAGUCCACUAAAGAAGAUUCUUGGACACUUGCAGUUGCAUUUUCAAAGAGCGGCCACUGAUGAUUAAAGCAAAAGUUAACUAUGUGGUGCAGGGGGAAGAAGAAAAGGCAACGUCCCCAUAAGAUGGCUCCCUUAAUUAUGUGAGUAGGCCCCCC